AUGGCUCCGUAUAAAGAAAAUGAGGCAAAGGUUGGCGAUAAGCCAGAAAAUGCUUCACACGUUGACGAUUCUACCAAGCCACAUUGUGCCAGCAGUGUUCACUUCGAUCUGCACGUCAGUAAGGAUCGCACUUGGAAAGGGGGGACGUUCUGUAUUUAUUUUUUCCAGGUUGUUGUGCACCCUCUGGUAUUACUUUCGGUGGUGGACCAUUUCAACCGUGUGAGCAAGAUGCAGAAUGUGAAACGUGUUGUUGGCGUUCUGCUCGGAAGUAUGAAGUCGGACAAAACUCUCGACAUUGCUAAUAGCUUCGCCGUUCCGUUUGAUGAAGAUGAGCGCGACAAGAAUACAUGGUUCCUUGAUAUGGGAUAUCUGGAAACGAUGUACGGCAUGUUUCACAAGGUCAGCUAUGGUACAGCUUGA